AUGUCCGUUCUAUUUCCCACCAGUCUAAAAUUACAUAUUCACAAAUAUAUUCAUAAUCCGCAGAAAAUUAUCAUAUGCGAUAAAUGUGGUAAAACCUAUAAGAAUAAAUCUGGUUUGAAACUUCACAACAGACGUGAACAUUCAGAUGAAGCUAAUGCUGAAAAAAUACCCGCAGAAUGUCCGAUCUGUAAGAAGUGGUAUACCUCGAAAUUAAGAGUACAAGAUCAUAUAAGAAAUAUACAUACAAACACCGAUAUUGAACAUCGUUGUAACACCUGUGGUUUCGUCUCGACCACAGCGAGGGCUCUAAAGAAACAUAUAUUAUAUAAUCAUCGUCUCGAGCGUAAACAUAAAUGCACUUUAUGUGAAAAGGCCUUUAAAAAGGCUAGUACUUUAAUGGAACAUAGGGCCACACAUACGGGUGAACCAUUGUAUGCUUGUCCCAAUUGUGAUCAAACUUUCAAGUCGAAAGCGAAUAUGUUUCAUCAUCGGAGACGUUUACAUAAAGCCGAAUGGCUGGCCGAUCGUACAAAACCGCCUAAAGAGAAAUAUUCAAGAAACUAAUUAACGGGAAAACUAAAUAAAUUUGAUUGCAUAAAACCGGAA